GCUACACCUGUGUGUGUGUGGGGGGGGGACUGUCUGGGUGGAGCCUGCGCUGGUGGACCCGCUGGCCUCUGGCUGGCACCUCCCCAAGACACAGAGCCGGAGGGUACAGCAGGCAAGGUGCCAGCCUGGCGGGUCAUUCCUCUGCCCAAGGAUCAAAGGCCACUCUUCCUGGAUAAGCUCACCCUGUUCCCCAAAGAGGCUCCAUCUCGGCCGGCAUCAUGAGUCCGGCUGCCUGUUUGGUAGGCCUGGAUUCCCUAGUGUGCCCAGCGGCCAGCCUGGGCUUUGUGAUGGCAGGAGAAGCCUCAUUCUUGGGCUGACUUUCUCUUAAGUACUCAGCAGGGGUCUCCCGUGUGGGCUGGCUGUGGGUGCGUUCUUCCGUGAGAAGCCCACGGCUGUUUCAGGGAAGGAAGACUCAAGGUUGCUGCUGUCCAAGCCACGUCUGCCUUCUUCCCUCCCUCGCUCCCUGCUUCCCUCCCCGCCUUCCUUAGACAGAUAAAUGCACAAGUUUAAUGUCACACACACUGCCACGCCAGUGGGCCUAGCAAAGGCAGAAGAGCAGCAACCUCCUCCCUCUUCCACCUCCGUCUGGGGCUGUUCCGGGAGCCGGGAGCAAGUGGGAGAAAUGAGGAAGGACCCGCAGGGGAAUCACCCACGUCCAAGGGGCAGGGACCCUUGGGGGCAUCCAUGGGACCCUCAGACUUUGGUUCUUUUGAGACAGAUCCGAGAAUCGGAGGCAAGUCUGCCCAGCAGGGGACGGGGACAAGCGGGAGCCCCCAGGCCUGGGCCACCCUCCCGCAGGCCGCCAGCAGGCUCCCGGAGUCAGCAUGCCCGUGCCCUGCGGCUGGACGGCCCUUCUGCUCCUGCUGGCGCUGCAGGGUGGCUGGGGCUGCCCAUACCUCGUCUGCUACACCGAUUACCUCCAGACGGUCACCUGCAUCCUGGAGAUGUGGACCCUGCACCCCAGCACCCUCACGCUUGCCUGGCAAGACCAGUAUGGAGAACUGGAGGACGAGGUCACCUCCUGCAGCCUCCACAGGUCCACCCACAACACCACGCAUGCUAAGUACACAUGCCACAUGGAUGUGUUCCACCUCAUGGCCGAUGACAUUUUCAGCGUCAACAUGACAGACCAGUCUGGCAACCACUCCCAGGAGUGCGGCAGCUUCAUCCUGGCGGAGAGCAUCAAGCCGGCUCCCCCUUUCAACGUGACCGUGACCUUCUCGGAACAGUAUAACGUCUCCUGGCGCUCCGAUUACGAAGACCCUGCUUUCUACGCGCUGAGGGGCAAGCUGCAGUACGAGCUGCAGUACAGGAACCGGGGCGACCCCUGGGCUCUGAGUCCGAGGAGAAAGCUGAUCUCCGUAGACUCGAGAAGCGUCUCCCUCCUCCCGCUGGAGUUCCGCAGAGACUCGAGCUAUGAGCUGCAGGUGCGGGCGGGGCCCCGGCCCGGCUCCUCCUUCCAGGGGACCUGGAGCGAAUGGAGUGACCCAGUCAUCUUUCAGACCCAGCCAGAGGAGUCAAAGGAGGCCUGGGACCCCCACCUGCUGCUGCUCCUCCUCCUGCUCAUGGCGGCCUGCAGCCUUGUCGUCUGGAGCCUGAAGUCCCGCCCGUCCUGGAGGCUGUGGGAGAAGGUGUGGCCGGUGCCCAGCCCCGAGCAGUUCUUCCAGGCCCUGUACGACAGCCACAGAGGGGACUUCAAGAAAUGGGUGGGUGCACCUUUCACUGCCUCCAGCCUGGAGCUGGGACCCUGGAGCCCAGGGGCACCGUCGCCCCUGGAGGUGUACAACUGCCACCUGUCACGGAGUCCGGCCAAGGGGCCGGGGCCCACCGAGCUGCCGGAGCUGGCAGACCUGCUGGAGUCUGACGGCGUGCCUGAGCCCGGCUGCUGGGGCCCCGCGCCCUCUGCAGCCCACAGCCCCAGUGGCUCAGCUUGCAGCGAGGAGAGGGACCGGCCGUAUGGCCUGGUGUCUGUGUCUAUUGACACAGUGACCGUGGCAGACGCAGAGGGGCCCGACUCCUGGCCCUGCAGCUGUGAGGACGACGGCUACCCAGCCUUGGACCUGGAUGCUGGCCUGGAGCCUGGCCCAGGCCUAGAGGACCAACUCUUGGUCACAGGGACCACUGUCCUCUCCUGUGGCUGCGUCUCGGCUGGUGGCCCCGGGCUGGGAGGGACCAUGGGCAGCCUCCUGGACAGGCUGAGGCUGCCCCUUGCAGACGAGGAGGGCUGGGCCGUGGGGCCGCCCUGGGGUGACAGGCCGGCCGGAGAGGUCUCGGAGAGUGAGGCGGGCUCACCCCCAGUCGGCCUGGACAUGGACACAUUUGACAGCGGCUUUGCGGGCUCUGACUGUGGCAGUCCUGUAGAGUGUGACUUUGCCAGCCCCAAGGAUGAAGGGCCCCCCAGGAGCUACCUCCGCCAGUGGGUGGUCAUGGCCCCCCCACUUCCAGGACCUGGGCCUCAGGCCAGCUAACGAGGCUGACUGGCUGUCCAGAGCUGGCCAGGCCACCGGGCCCCGGGCCAGAGACACGGUCACCUGGGCUGUGAUGUGAAGAGACCUGCAGCCUUUGGUCUCCCUGAUGGGCAUCUGAGCCUGAUGUUUACAGUGUGUGUGUGUGCAUGUGCGUGUGUGUGCAUGUGCGUGUGUGUGCAUGUGCAUGUGUGUGCAUAUGUGUGUG